CUUAAUGCGUUGCACCGUUAAGUCGUCCACUGGAUAUUCGACACGACAAUUUUAUGUAAUUUGUACAACAGCUGGAUAUUUUACCGAAAUUUAGUGUAAACGCCAUAAUGACGGGUAUUAGAGCAGAGUCCUUCUGUCACCCUGCUGUGUGAUUGUCAUGUGGUAAUGUAGUACUUUUAUGCUAGUUGUAAAAUUAUUGGACUGUAUAAACAUAUGAAAUAUAUCUGUUAUUUAGUAAGUGAUUAAUCGUGUGUGUAUGUAGACUACAGCAAAUUACACGCGCAUGAAUCUGCAUUAAUAACGUGUAUUAUCAGACGAAAACAAUGGGUAUAAUAUAUGGAUGGUAAUAUCUGGACAAGUAAUGUAGUCAUUUAUGAAUAAUUGCACCUGUUGCUUGUAACAGUACCUAAUACCUCACACUAGGUGGCGUGCUGUUCCCUUUUGUGUGUAAGAAGUAAUGCAAACCUUAUCUGCAGGGAGAAGUUGGGGUCUGGCUGAAUGUACGUAAUGAAUCUUUAAAUGGCGUAUUUUACAGUAGUGCGACCCUUGUGAUCACGAUUUAACAACGAGGCGCCCGUGAACAGGCGAUAGCUUUGCGGUGAGGAUUUGCCAUGUGUGGCCCUAUUACAUAGCCCUCCGUGCUCAAAAACAACAGCUCAUGCUGCACCAUGCCCAGUUACCAUAGCAACAAGGGGCACCGAGGGGACGCCAAGUGGGCCACGGACUGAACCGGCCCCAGCCAGACAGAGUGGAGCCAUGCACCAGCUCUUCGGCCUGGUGCUGAGCCAGAGGAACCUGUCCCGGGCAGGUGACCUGUUUUCCUUGGAGGAUGCCGAGAUCGAGGAUUCCCUCUCUCAGGCUCUGGAGGAGAUCAAGGCCAUAUCGUGCUCUCCGGACUACCUGACCAACGACAACGACCAGGCAGUGGUGGAGAUCUGCAUCACGCGCAUUACCACGGCCAUCCGAGAGACACGCUCCAUCGAGAGACAUGGUGCCGCCUUGGUGUCCCUCUGGGAGUCGUGCCUGGAGCACAAUCAGCAACCACAGGGCAAGGACGAGGACACCCCUCACGCCAAGAUCGCCUCUGACAUCACCAGCUGCAUCCUGCAGAAUUACGACCGCCCUCCCGUGAUGGCCCUGGCUGUGCCCGUGGCAGUCCGAUUCCUCCAGGGCGGGAACAGAGAGCUGUCCCGCAACAUGUCCAGUUACCUGUCCCUGGCAGCCAUUAGCAAGGCGGAGCUGCUGGCUGAGCACACGGAGGCCAUCGUGCGCGCUGUCCUGGGAGGAAACCACAUGCUACUGCGGGUCCUGCCUUCUGUGUACAGGAAGCAGCCUGAGGCCAUUCACCAGCACACGGAUGGUCUGGCGGCGAUGAUGUCACAGCUGGCGCAGCCAGAACAGCAGCACCUACUCCGGCUGAUGCUGAUGGUUGCCAAGCAACAGCCCCUGGCGCUAAGGUCGACGGUGGCCUCGCUCGUCACACACCUUAGCGAUCCUCUACUGAAUGACGGCCUGCUGACAGUACUGGUGGGCGUGUCCCAGGCCAGCCCCGCCUCCCUCGCCUCGCAUCUGACCACCCUCAGGGUUGCCGGGCAACGUUUUCCCAACCUCCUGGGCCACAUCGUCAAGAUCCACGGGGCCGUGGGUCUGACAGACGAGGCUCUGGCUCGCAGCUCCCUGCAGUACCUGGUGUCCCUGCUGGGCAGCAUGGAGCACAGCGUCCACCACACCCUACUGCAGGAGAUCCAUGGCCUGACCAGCUGCUUCUCCUCGAUCCAGGGCAGCGAGGCCAGCGAGGACGUCUUCCGCAUGAGCCGCAACUUCACCGCCAUCGCCCAUCUGCUUGACCACCAACUGGACCUCCAGUGCCCCCAGCCAUCUGGGGAGGAUGAUGAGGCGGAGGAGUUCCCGAAGCCAUUUGACCUGGGGUCUGAGGCAAGCAGGAGGGACCCUGAGGAAAGGCCGCAGAUUAAGAUCCAAGCAUUCGAGGAGAAGCUGGACGAAGAGGGGGAGCUGAAAGCUGAGUCAUCUGGACCACAGCGGCGCAAUAGUACUGGCCAGACGGCCCGCGAUGAACGGCGCGAGAUGCGCUUCAACAGGUCCAGAAGCCUUGCUUUGCAAGCGGUCCGCUCGCGGUCCAUCAACCUGGACAACGGGCAGGAUGAAGCAGCCGUGGAGAAGGGUGUAGAGGGGACUCCGGCAGAGAGGUCUGCCAGUCCGGUGCAUCAGGAGAGGACCGUUACUCUGCAGGCCCACAUCCCUGCUGCAUCCACGCUGCAGGACCCCGGCUCAGGGGGAGAGGGGCAGGCCACAGGAAGUGACACGCAGGACAGGGACAGAGACCAGCUCUGGCUCCACAUGAAGGACAAUGCCGAGCGGAUCCGGGCCUUCUGUGCAGACGCAAGCAGACACAUCCCUUCACCAGAUCAGUGUGUAAUCGAAGACUCUUUGCAUGGCUGCCUCGCCCGCCUCUCCUUCUCCUGCCCCCUGAAGGGCUCUUACUGUCUCUACGCCAAGUCCAGCUUCUCGCUGUGCAGUUUCCAGCCACGGCUCUGGCUGCAGCUCAUGCUGCUCUUCCUCCAGAGCAAGGCCAAGGAGCCUCUGGCAUCAGGAGAUGAAGCCGUCUGCCUCCUGGACGCCCUGUGGGAGAAGACCCAGCUGACCGGAGCACAGAGUUUCGAGAAGACUGUCACCCAGGCCACGUUCCCCCACAAGAAGGAUCUGGAGAGCUUGGAGUCCCAGCUGAAGGAGGUGCGCUUCUUCGACCUGUUCGGCUACAGCGAGAGCGCUGGAGACUGGCUCUGUUUCAUGUGCAACAACCCCGAGAAGGCCGCAGUGGUGAACAGGGAGGGCCAGCCGCUCAUCGAGGGCAAGCUGAAGGAGAAGCAGGUGAGGUGGAAGUUCAUCAAGCGUUGGAAGACCCGCUACUUCACGCUGGCCGGAAACCAACUGCUCUUUGGCAAGGGGAAAUCGAAGGACGACCCUGAAGAUGGGCCCAUCGAGCUAAGCAAGGUGCAGAGCGUGAAGGCGGUGGUGCGGAAGCGGCGGGACUGCGGAUUACCGCGCGCCUUCGAGAUCUUCACAGAGAGCCGCACGUAUGUGCUGAAGGCGCGGGACGAGCGGCGCACCGAGGAGUGGCUACAGUGCAUCAAUGUGGCCAUGGCACAGGUCCGGGAGCACCAGCACCAGGAGGCCACCACCUACCUGUGACCCACACAGAACCACCUAUCUGUGACCUGCCCAGAGCCGUCGACCUGUGACCCAUCUAGAACCACCUACCUGUGUCUUGCCCAGAACCACCAAGAACUGACCCAUCCAGAACCACCUACCUGUUUCCCAUCCAUAACUACUUACCUAUAAUUUGUCCACCUAUUUCAAAACCACCUACCCUGUGGUGCCCUGUAUGUCCAAUGUUACCCGGAACCAGAUCUCAGGCACCUGUGUGUGAGAAUGUGUUCUCAGUGUUAGACCAGGAAUGUGCAAGGUGUGCUGAUCAAUUAGCGAGCGACCUGCAAUUAGCAAAGGGUACAGAGAGACAGAAGCAGAGGGAAACAUCUGCCUGAAAAUUACCUUCCAUUAGCAGGACUAACAAUCCCAGCAGCCAGAAGGUUCAGGUUCAGAUCCACACCAAAGCUUUGCUUCAGCCAAGCAGUUGUGACUGUGACUCUUUAUACUCAACUGGAUGGUUGAAACAAAACCUUGAUCUGGAUUCGUGCUUUCUGGACCUGAACUUUCUACCUCUGAUGCUCGUACAGGCCUGGUUAUGGCAUGUUGGCGUGCAGACGUCAGGUUUCUGAGGCACAUACGCCCUCGGGGUACUAUAGGUCACCUCCCGUGUGACAGGGAUCACCCUGCGGACACAGAAUGCAGCCCUCAGGUCGAUCAAACUCAUCUGCGUUUAACAAUGACCGAGUCAUCUGAGAACGCAAGGCAACUUCUGGCAAAGAACUCUCUCUGUCUCCCCCCCCCCCCCCCCUCAGUCGAUCAUGAAACUAAAAGUCUGACGAUGUUUUGAGACUCUCUGGCUGACACUGUACUGUACGCUGUGCAGCGGUGAUCAUUUUAAAAUAACUCCCGAAGAGAAACCGCAAUCUUGGUCGAACAAGCACUUUUUCAGGAAAUGCUGACCUUUCCCUGCUGGGUAUAAUAACUCCCAGGCAUAAACACGCUGAAGAAAGGUGGGCUGCAUGAGCGAAGGAGAAAAAGCAUCCUGGCUGAUUUAGCUCUUCAGCUGAGUUCGCCGGGAACAAGGAAGCAGUGACAUCGAGGGGAGAAGACGGACCACCUCAGUUCAUUGGCUGCUUAAAUACCCCAUGUCUAAUUAGAAACCAGCCCUCCAGUUUCCCCUGUCAGCACAGAAUCCCACUCUGCAUUAUCCUUACCCAUAAUGCCUUGCUCAGUGUUUGUCAUGCUGUAGUUGGUCUGUGAUUAAGGCUGCAACAGCACAGUCCUACUCUAAUCAGAGCUCGAUCCAUAUAAUAGGGUUGCGCUGCUGGGGAUUUGACCACGCCGCAUUGCCAACCGAUCAUGUGCUUCUCCCUAUAGUUUAAUACCUCCCAGAGUUUUGUUUUGGGCCAAAAAAUAUACAUGCUUAAAUAGCCCUGUCAAGGCAGCCUUACCAAAUGCCUGAACAUAGAGAUAGUUUAAAGCAUUGUUUAAAUUCUCCUAGUAUGGAAACCAGGCACUGGACCCACGGAGACUAUCGCUAUGUACACACAACGGUAUUUGUCAGAUCAUGCAAAUGACGUUGAAGAGUGCUGCAAGUAGGAAUGGAGAUGGCAUGCAGCGGGGCUGUUCAAAUCACGGUCCUCGAGGUCCGAGCACUGCCUUUCUUUACCUGUGAGCCAGGUGUGAAGCCUCUGGCCAAUCAGAAUCAGUAAUUAUUAACCUACCUGGGAGAACUGAAAACAAGGCCUGGGUUUGGAAUCGAGGUCCAGAUUUUAAUGAUUUACUGAUACUUUCCACAGUUUUACUUUUAAAAGACAAAAGGCACAGACUGAAGGACAGAAUCAAAGCUGAAUAUAUUCUUUACUUUUAGUUGCAAUUAAAUUGUAAUUAGUCACUUUACUAAUGCACUGUGAAUUAGCUGUUUUCAUAGCACAAUAGUGUGUGUAGGGAAACUGAGUGUCACACAUGUUGUGUGCAGUGUUGAUUUAGAUGGAAAAUGAGUUUAUGACUUAGGAGUGUCCUGUAAACUUGGUUUAUGUGUUUCUUGGGUGCCUGGCUGUCUGUCUCUGCCGAUGGAACAGCGUCACUGUGUUCCGUUUUCAAUGAGAAUAACAAAAUUGACGUAGAGCGUACUAAACCCCCAAUUUUAUGGCAGGGUACUGGGAUGCUCCAGUUGAACACACUGUGGCCCCCCACCCUGGCCCAUGCUGAUCUGCAGCAGCUAACCUACGUAGUGUUUGGGCUGCAAGCCUUCAGCAAAAGGCAUGAACGUGAAUAAGAAAAUCAUGUGCUCACUCUUCCAAUAAAAGCCUGUAUUUUCUGCA